AUGGAUGCUCCGACUUUCUGCUGCGAUCCAGAAGGGGACGAAAACACUGAGUCUAAUGCAAUUCCUUCUCAAACUGAACGGUGCGAUCCGGAAAUGACAACUGAAAAAGCUCCCCCCGCCGAUCUUGAACAGGAUGAUCCGAAACUUGCCUUUCAGGCAGCCCGGAUCUUGGGGCUCUACCGACGGUUGUGGGAGUCGUGUAUGUCGAAACGGGUUGGCAGUGAGAGGCUAGAGCAGACCAACCAGGAGUUGAGAAAGGAGAAUAAACGAUUGGAGAAUGAAAAAGGGCUACUGCUGGCUCAUCAUGACGAGCAGUUAUCUCAGUUUGAUCAUUUGAACCAAGCACUGGACUCGUCUAGGGAGCGACUGGUCAGCAUUCUCAAUGAUUGGGAGCAGUGCUCCCAAAGCGAAGUGAGAGGGCUGAUGAAUUGCGAGAGAGAACAUUGA